AUGUACCGGCGUUCACCCUGUGCCAGAGGAAGGGUUCACUUUGACUUCAGUGAGGAGGUCAUCAGGAAACUCCAUGCUGCCAAUCAUGGCCAUAAUCACAGCUUUGAUGUGGAGAAUGGCCCGUCUGCCAGCUGCAGCCCUCUGGACCCCCAGGCUUCCCCCAGCUCUGGUCUGGUCCUCCACACUAAUUUUCCGGGACACAACCAGCGCAGAGAGUCCUUUCUCUAUCGUUCUGACAGCGACUAUGAACUUUCCCCUAAGUCCAUGUCACGGAACUCCUCCAUCGCCUCUGAACUACAUGGUGACGACCUGAUCGUGACUCCCUUCGCUCAGGAGGUCUCCUGCAGCAACAACUCAGCCUCCAAUCACCAGAGUUUGUCUCCCAGCUGCCAGUUUCAACCACCUGGCCGCAGUUACGUCUCACGAUGCCAGCUGCCGCCGCUCGUGAUUCCCCCACUCCAGCGGCAGAAACCUACGGCGGGACCGCUGGAUGUACGCUACCUGGGAGUGGCCAGGCAGCACUCACGCUCCAUGUGCUCCGUCUGUUCUGACUGUGUGUCUCUGUGUGCCGGCUGUUUGACAGAUGAGGCAUACCAGAAGUUGGCCAUGGAGACAAUGGAGGAGUUGGACUGGUGUCUGGACCAGCUGGAGACCAUCCAGACCUACCGCUCUGUUAGUGACAUGGCCUCUAACAAGUUCAAGAGAAUGUUGAAUCGAGAGUUGACGCACCUAUCUGAGAUGAGUCGGUCUGGGAAUCAGGUUUCCGAAUUCAUCUCCAACACUUUCUUAGACAAACAGAAUGAGGUGGAGAUUCCAUCACCCACGUCGAAGACACGAGAGAAGAAGAAGCAGCAGAAGCAGCAGCUGAUGACACAGAUCAGUGGGGUCAAGAAGGUUUCUCACGGGCCCUCAUUGUCCAGCAGCAGCAUUUCUCGCUUCGGGGUCAAAACCGAUAAGGAGGAGCUGUUGUCCAAGGAACUUGAGGACCUGAACAAAUGGGGCCUGAACAUCUUCACCGUUUCAGAAUAUUCCAACAACCGACCUCUCACCUGUAUCAUGUACGCCAUCUUCCAGGAGCGUGACCUGUUAAAGACAUUUAAGAUCCCAGUGGACACAUUUGUGGCCUAUAUGAUGACUUUGGAAGAUCACUACCAUUCAGAUGUGGCCUACCAUAACAGUCUGCAUGCUGCAGACGUAGCCCAGUCAACCCACAUCCUUCUCUCCACUCCCGCCCUUGAUGCGGUCUUCACAGAUCUUGAGAUUCUUGCAGCCAUUUUUGCUGCAGCUAUCCAUGAUGUUGAUCAUCCCGGAGUAUCAAACCAAUUCCUUAUUAAUACCAACUCAGAACUAGCCCUGAUGUACAACGACGAGUCAGUGCUGGAGAACCAUCAUUUGGCUGUGGGCUUCAAGCUGCUACAGGAAGACAACUGUGAUAUCUUCCAGAACCUCACAAAGAAGCAGCGGCAGUCCCUGCGCAAAAUGGUCAUUGACAUGGUUUUAGCCACUGAUAUGUCCAAACACAUGAGUCUGCUGGCUGAUCUGAAGACAAUGGUGGAGACAAAGAAGGUGACAAGCUCUGGAGUUCUGCUGCUAGACAAUUACACCGACAGGAUACAGGUGCUGCGUAACAUGGUGCAUUGUGCUGAUCUGAGUAACCCCACAAAAUCUUUGGAGUUGUAUCGUCAGUGGACGGACCGGAUAAUGGAGGAGUUCUUCCACCAGGGAGACAGAGAGAGAGAGAGGGGGAUGGAGAUCAGCCCCAUGUGUGAUAAGCACACAGCCUCUGUGGAGAAGAGCCAGGUGGGUUUCAUCGACUACAUUGUCCAUCCUCUGUGGGAGACUUGGGCCGAUCUGGUACACCCCGACGCCCAGGAUAUUCUGGACACUUUAGAGGACAACAGGAACUGGUACCAGAGCAUGAUUCCUCAGAGUCCCUCCCCGCCUUUCUACGACCAGGGCACUCACGGACAUGGUGGAGGAACGGGAGGACAGGGCGGAGGAGAGAAAUUCCAAUUUGACUUGACCCUGGAGGAGGAGGACUUGGAUGGAAUAGAGAAAGAUGGGGAAGGAGAUGAAGAAGAGGAGGAAGAGUUAGAGGAAGAUGAGGACAGUCUUGGAGAACCUCACUCUCCUCCCCCUGGUUAUUUGGAAAGUCAGGAACCUGUCGACGGCACCACGAUUGAGCCCACAAUGGCAAUAGAGAUUGUGACACAUGAGGCAUCGCCCACAGACACAUAGGGCUUCAAUGACCAGGAUCACGCGGUGAUUCGAAAGUUUUUUGGAAAAGAGGCAAUAUCCUCUUGCCGCUGUGCUUUUUAUGAAGCCCACAGAAGCAAAGGCUUAGUUUUAGCCCACACGGGGGCAUCUUGCACUUGGGUGUUUGAAGCCAGACAUGGAAGGACAGUUUCAGAAAGGCGGCUUCAGAGUUCUCAGGAAUUAGAUACUGCGAACAUUUGAGUCUGGAUGGACAGGCAAGAGUGGAACUUGAAGGAUUUCAGCCAGUGCAGAAAAUCAGUUCCUUGUCUGUUCUGGACUGGCGUUAAAUGGAUAUUGACACUACUGAAAGAAGUUUUGUACCUUAAGACUUUUUUUUUUUACAAAUAUAUGAUCUAGAAGUAGCAUAGAGUAAGAUCUACUGAUGGAUACAGAUUUGUAUAGCAAGAGAAAGUGUUUACUUUUUUUCUGUACCAUUUGUCAAAGGACUGUUGUGUGCCUUUUUUUACUAUUGUCUUUAUAUAGUUUUUUAUUUAUUGAACACUCUAGUGUCUCUGUGAAAUGUUUUUCUUUUCUUCAACUAAAAUAAGAAAAAUCUUUUUCUAUGUUAAAAAGAUAAGUCUUCCAUUUAUUGGGCAAUAGAGAAAUCAAAACAAAUGUCGACAAACUCAUCCACAGUAAAUGCGAAGCAUAACACAAGUUUUUUUUUUUUUCCCAAUCUGAGCACAAGUUUUUCUUUGUAUGUGGAACUCAAACAAUAAUGUCCAAUCAUGGUUCAUGCUAUGUUUUAUUUCCUUUCUGUGUAAAACAUCAGCCACUGAAUGUCAGGGUCACAUCAUGACUAUUUGUAUACUUUUGAUACAUCUCUUUUUUUCUUAUGGGGUCAGGAAACCAUUGGGCUUUUCUACAGUUUCAUACCAAAAAUCUAAUUUGUGAUUUUAUUUAGGUGUGAAUAGAAAGUCAGAAUACACUCAGACAGCAGUCUUUUCAGAUCAAUGAUAAAAUAACUCGUCUGCCAAGGACAAAAAACUCAAGAGCAGUGAGUCUAUUUUUAAAAUUGUUAGUUGGAAAAGGUUCAGACCCCAGAUCUGUCUGAUGUAACGCCCCCGUGCCCCUUUGCAAUCAGGCCCAGACCAGAUGAUGAAAGGUGCUCUUUCAAUGACCUGUCUUAAAGGCGCUAUCAGACUCAUAGCAUUCCCAGGAUUCACAUGGUUACAAAACCCUUGGGGUUCCACGAGGACGACCCCAAAAUAAUUAGGCCGGACGUUUUUUUUUAACGAUAAUAAUCCCUGUGCUUCUGUUCAUUGACGUCAAAUGAAAUUUCCCCGUCAGCCUCUGCUGUAUUAGGUUUCCAGGUCAGUCCAGCUAUUAGGAUUUUGCAUUGGCAGAAUCGCUGGAUUUUGCAUGGAAUGCAUCCGUCUUAAAACAGGAAAAGAAAAGAAAACUAAUGCAUGCUCACUUUUGCAUCUUUUUAUUUCAUCAUUAACGCCACAGAGCAUGGUUUAAAAAUGUUUUGCAGACCUCUGGCUUUUCAUUCAAGUUUACUGAUACUCAAAGGUACUCCAUUGAUUUUCUGGACAACACGCUUAAGUGGCAGUCAUUUGUGAGCAGUACAUGUGUUUCUCAUGGAAGCGUGUCUCUUUGUGUGCGUGUCUGGAUCAGGCCUUAUCCAACAUCUCUCCUCACCUUUGUCUUCACUGUUUGUCGCUAUGAGCUCAAGUUGGUCCUUUUUGCUGUUUAUAACAGUGUAUUUAUUCUACACUUUAAGCUUGUAAAUAAGAUAUACUGGUUCAGUGUAAAAUCUAUUUUAAUUUAUAUGCACUUGCAUUACCUGGAAGUGGUGGUGUCUGAUGUGUAGAAGACUCUGGAUUAGAGUCUUUUUUUUAUAAAUGUAUUAUAUAUUGUUUUUAUAUAAAUAUAGAUAUAUAGGUAUAUAUUCACACAACAUUUUGAGUGCCCAGCAGAGCAGCAGGUAGUGGCAGGUUGUCAUUUGAGAACCUUGUAAAAAAGACAACUUUACUAAUAGAUUAUAAGAAUAUUGAUUUUUUUUUAUCUUUCACAUAAAGGGAAAAUCUUAAAUAUUACCAUGACACAUUGACAUUAAACCAAAAAUGUUGUCAUCUUUUUCUUCUUCUUCAUAUUUCUUAAGAAACAGCCAGGCAUCCACGAAUUGUUUUUUUCCUUAUGGUUAAAGAGUUUUCACCACACUGACUACAAGGUUUUCAUCUGACACCAGCAAUAUGGUAAACCAAAGGUGACACAGAGGAUAAAAUGAAAUGGCAUAGGCUUGGAUAUAGGAUCUAUAAGUUAGUGAAGGAACACUGAAUGCUUUGUUGAAGUGAACACAUAGCUUAAUUUUCUUUGAGGAGCUUGUUUUAACUUAAGCUUCUCUAUCAAGCAUUGGAAUUAUUGCUGAUAUACCAGGCCAGAAACAAGUUUUACUGACAAAUAUCAAGUCAUGGUCUCCUUCUACACUUAAUGCACUUCAUGUAAAAUUAGAGGACUGUAUUGGUAGCAUGCUACAAUACGCCCAACACUGACGUGAAUUGUCAAGGAUAAAACACAACCUGAUGUAACUGAUUGUGCUACUGUGUAAACUUUUCUGACCAAACUUGUUAGCAGUUCUGAAAUUUGUCAGUAUUAACAUUAUCUAUGUUCAAGCUUUUUUGUUUUUUUAGGUCCUUGUGUCCAGUUGGUUAGCCAGAUUUAGUACUAUCUGCAUGCAUUUUUUUUUCUUUUUCUAUUUUUUAAGUUGUCAAAUAUGUUCAAGUCCACCACCUGUUGGAAGUGGGUUAUUAAAUGUUUUACACAAUGUAUUGUAUUGUAAAUUGUGUUAAAAACUAAAUCUGAAUACUUUUUCUAUGAAGUGAUUAAAAGAAAAGCAUGAAUAUAUUCUCUCUGCAUUUUUCUCCCUUAUGGCCUUAUCUCCCCCACAAUGGCUGUGAAAAAUAAACUGGGUCACCGUCAUGCUUCUGGUGGGUUCACACA